AUGGCACAGACUCACAUUCCAACUGCACCUGUGACUGCUCCAGUGGCACAGAUGACUGUUCCACAAGUUGCGCCCAUGCCAACCAUUCAGCAAGUUCAGAAUCCUCCACCUGUGGCAUUUCCACAGCAGACUUGGCAUGAUCAGCCUGGCCAACCAUGGCCAUACCACAACCCACAAGCACAACAGAAUGUUCCACCUGUGAACAUUCAGCCAGCUGCACCUGUUCCAGCAAGGCCACCCAUGGUUAUUCCUAUGGCGGAAUUUGGCCUAACUCGAAGGGGUGGAAGGCCAACUUACAGAAAGUCUUAUCCAGAGUUCAUUGAUAAAGUUGAAUUUCUAAGGAAUUUCAGAAUUCUAAAGUUUGCAACAUUCAAUGGAAAGGGCGAACAGUCUACCUUGGAACAUAUUAGUCGGUUCACUGUCCAAUAUGGAGAAGCAGCAGCCAAUCCAUGGCUGAAAUUCUAUAGAGCUGAGCUUGAAGUGUCCAUGGCAGACCUUUCCAGACUUCAUCAACUACCUGGAGAGUCUGUGAUGAGCUUCCUUUCCAGAUUUAGGCGGGCCAAGUUCAAAUGUAAUUUGUCUUUGCCGCUAGAAGAAUAUAUGAAGAUGGCUGUGAAUGGCCUAGAAUUUGAACUUCGCAAGAAGUUUGAAGGUGUACAGUUCCAUGACUUAUUCGACUUGGCUGGCAAAGUGGCUAAGUAUGAAGAGCUCCUUCGUGAGGAGCAAGAUAUGAAGAACUCUUCCAAGGGCACCUACUAUCGUGAUCCUAAUUAUGAGGUGUAUACCAUUGAAACUGAAGGGGGGUUUGAAGUAAAUGUAGCCGAGCUCAACAUAAAGAAGGCAUAUACUUGUGAAGCCUUGACAAAACCAAAAUCAGCCACGGCCAACUUGCAGGCCGCCUCUGGUUCAAAGUGGAAGGGGGCAGACUCUUCCAGAAGUUACUCUUUCGAUAUUUCUAAAGCCGAGAAAAUCUUUGAUUUGCUCAUGGCUGACAAGCAACUGAUUUUCACAGCGGGCUAUAAGAUGUCGUCGGCUUCAGAAAUAGCCGAGAAGGAGUAUUGCAAGUUCCACAAUUCGUGGAAGCAUUCUACUAAUAAUUGUGUUAUUUUCCGCAACAUUGUGCAAAAGGCAAUCGAAGAUGGCCGUUUGAAGUUUCCAAAAAAAUCAGAAGUCAUAGGUGUUGAUGGAAAUCCUUUCCCCAAGGUUGUUACAACAAGCGUUGCUUCCACGAUUCUGGAGCAUUCCAAAAGGAGGUGGACUUGGUAA